AUGGCUGAAUUUGUAGAGUCAACACCAGAGGUAGACUCCGCCUCAGAUCCCAUAACAAAGGUCACCAAGCCACCACUUGAUUCUAGAAUUGGAAAGGACUCACCGUUCGUUUUUGGUCAAAGGUACCUCGAAAACGAAGACGAUGUGUUCAACCACAAUGCCUGGGACCAUGUUGAAUGGGGAGAAGAACAGAUCAAACAAGCCCAGGAAAUGAUUUCAAAACAGUAUGACCACCCGGUUAAAGACUUUGACAAAGCAUUAUACAAUGCAAAUCCAGCCAAAUACUGGGACAUCUUUUACAAACAUAAUCGAGAAAAUUUCUUUAAAGAUCGCAAGUGGCUACAAAUUGAGUUUCCUUCGCUAUAUAAAGUCACUGCCAAAGAUUAUCAAAAGCCAACGACGAUAUUGGAGAUUGGUUGUGGAGCUGGCAACACAUUUUACCCGAUAUUGAAUCAAAAUGAGAAUGAAAAUUUAAAAAUUUAUGGAUGUGAUUAUUCCAAAGUGGCAGUUGAUUUGGUACGUUCAAAUGAAACUUUCGCCGAGCAAAAUGAAAAGGGGGUAGCAUUUAGUUCAGUUUGGGAUUUGGCCAAUCCUGAAGGUAACUUGCCAGAGGGCAUGGAACCUAAUUCAGCUGACAUUGUUAUUAUGAUUUUUGUAUUUUCCGCCUUGCAUCCUGAUCAAUGGCAACAAGCAAUCAAAAACUUACGCAAAGUGCUUAAAACGGGUGGUGAGAUCUUAUUUAGGGAUUAUGGAAGGUACGAUUUAGCACAAGUACGGUUCAAAAAGGGAAGGUUGUUGGAUGACAAUUUCUACAUUCGUGGUGAUGGAACCAGAGUUUAUUUCUUUACUGAGGAAGAAUUGGAGGAGAUUUUUUGCAUAAAUGGUCCAUUUGAAAAAGUGAAGAUUGCCACCGAUAGAAGGUUGUUGGUGAAUCGGAAAAAGCAAUUGAAAAUGUAUCGCAACUGGUUACAAGGUGUAUUCAAAGGAUAA